AUGACCUCUACCUCGAAUACACCUUUUGCUACGCCUGCAACCUCUAAUCCCAACACAAGACCGGGCACGCCCAGUCCCGCCACUCCUCCCGCGGGAGGCAUUGUGCCUGCCGAUAAUGAUCUGCGAGACGAUAGCUCAAAGCUGAGAACAUUCCUGAGCCUAUUAAAGAAGUUUAUCGGUGUCUCAGAUAUUGCAAAUGUUCGCUUUUCAUUGCCGUCACAGUUAAUAGAACCUAUACCAAACCUAGAAUAUUGGCAUUACCUGGAUAGACCGGAGACAUUUGUCAGUAUAGGAAGAUCAGAUGAGCCUCUCGGUCGCAUGCUGGAAGUAUUACGAUUUUGGUUCACCAAAGAUCUGAAAUACGUGAAGGGCAAGCCUUGCAAGCCUUAUAACUCGACGCUGGGGGAGUUCUUCAGGUGCCACUGGGAAGUUAGUGUAGACGCCCCGUCCAUAUCUAACCCAUCCAAAGCACCGCCUCAGCCCUCGGUCGACCCCACAGAGCCGCAACUCAAUGGCAAUACCAACGAGAAACCGAUCCGAAUAUCCUUUCUCACCGAACAGACGUCACAUCACCCUCCCGUCUCAGCAUAUUGGUACGAAUGCCCUUCUCGUGGCAUCUACGCCCGGGGCUACGACCAAAUCUCUGCCAAAUUCACAGGCACAUCUGUUCGCGUGGUUCCCGGUGUGCACAACCGGGGCAUUUUCAUCACCCUCACCGAGCGGGAGAAUGAAGAAUACCAACUCGCCCACCCGACCGCCUCACUGGGCGGCUUGCUUCGAGGGUCCCUGUAUAUCUCGGUCGCAGACACAUGUUCCAUAACCUGUCCGCAGACAAGGCUAAAAUGCCUCCUUACAUAUGUGGAAGAAUCCUGGUUCGGUAGAGCGCAGAACCGGGUCCACGGCCUUAUAUUCCGGUAUGACCCCUCCGACGACAAAUACACGCGCGUCAAGGACGUUCCCGAGAAGGACAUUCUCGUGAGGCUUGAGGGAUGCUGGCAAGAACAAAUCGUCUACACGAUCCCGAACAGCGUGGCGGUCAAGGAAUCUACAAAGGUUGAGCCUACCUUAGAGAAACAGCUUCUCAUUGACCUCCAACCACUCUUCCCGGUGCCCAAGUCGUGUCCUCCUGAUCACGAACAACUCCCGCAUGAGUCCCGCACGUUCUGGGCUGAGGUCACCACCGCAAUCAAUGAAAAGCGCUACUCGGACGCCACACGGGUGAAGCAGGAUCUGGAACAGGCCCAGAGAGAUAAGGCAGCAAAGAGGAAAGACUUGAAUGUGGAAUUCAAGCCGAGGUUUUUCACGGCGCCAACUGAGUCAAGUGGGAAGCCGGAGUUGACUCAGUACGGGAAGGAGGUCUUGUCCGGGCUGGAGAGAAAAGAAUAUGGGAUUGACUUUGUCCCAGAGCCAGGGAUUGAUGCAGAUAUAUAG